AUGAAUUGGCAGCUAUUCGACGCAUUUGGGCUCUUUCUCGGCUUCACAGCCAACCUCAUCGUCUCUAAAUCGGGCGACAACAGCUGGAGAUACGAGGUGGCAUCGGCAGUCAUCCCAACAAUCUGUCUGCUCACUUUGAUAUGGACCAUACCAGAGUCACCACGAUGGUUCCUUAAAAAGGGUCGAUAUGCCGAAGCCUUUCGUUCCUUCUGUGCAAUUCGACCAACACCUCUCCAGGCUGCAGCUGAACUCUUCUACGCCAACGCUCAGCUCCAAGCCGAACUCCAGCUUCUCCAGCGGAGCACACGUGGAAGUGAUAAGAAGGUGAUUACCGAAGCUCGGGCCAAAAAACGACGAAAUAGUGAAUAUGCGGGCGAAACCAUGAAUAUCGAAGAUCCUGAGAAGAAUACUGACGACAUAGGCGUUACUGCACAACCAGGCAACAACGCAUCGUACGGAUGCCUCAGUCUUUCCGGUCGCUUGCGAUACUUUUGGACCUUUCUCCAUCUUAGAGAUGAGCUCGCUGAUGGCGAGCUGGAUGAAUACCAAUUGUGUGCAAAGCGCUCGUAUUUCGUCGAUCGCAUCGUACAGCUAUUUCGAAUCCCACGUAUUAGACGUGCGACAACUGCAGCGCUCAUAAUGAUGAUAUCGCAGCAACUUUGCGGCAUUAAUAUACUCCAGUUCUACAAAUUCAUCGAUACCCGGGGUCGCCGAUUCCUCCUAUUGUCAUCGUAUCCCGGAAUGAUCCUCUCAAUGCUAGCCGCAUGCCUAGCCUACAACAUCGAGAACGAUAAAAGCCGGCUGAUCGUCGUGGUAUUCUUCAUGUUCUGCUUCAUCUUCUUCUACUCCUGGGGUCAAGGUCCAGUCCCAUUUGCCUACUCCUCGGAAGUUUUUCCCCAGCUCAACCGUGAGGCAGGCAUGAGCUUCGCAGUUUUUGCCAACCUAUUCGGAUGCGGGAUAAUCGCCCUCGUAGUCCCUCAACUAACCCUCGCGCUCAACCACACCGCCUCGACCGCUAGAGAGACUACCGACCUCAAGACCGGCGAAUCUAGACUCCUGGGAAUAUUCACCUGCCUCAAUGUCAUCGCGCUCAUUCUGAUCUUCUUCUUUGUUCCGGAGACUGCUGUUGCGAUCACUGGCGUCGAUGAUGCUCAGGGUCUCAACUACAUCUCGCUGGAGGAGUUGAAUUAUAUCUUUAGUGCAACGACGAAACAGCACGUGGGGUAUCAGAUGAAGCGUAUGGUUCCAUGGGCACGGGAGAUGGUCAAGUGGAAGUGGAAGACCUAUGUGCUGAGAAGGGGAGCGAGGGCAGGGGAAAAGCCAGAGUGGCCGGAGCCAUUAUUUACGUAUAUUCAGGCGGAGGAAUUUGAGAGGGCUGAUGAUGGAGAAACCAGGAGGGAAUAA